ACCUAUAAUAUAUCAGAUUAUCUGAUGGUUCCGGAAAAGUUCGAAGGCUUGUUAAAAAUGUAUUUGUAAAUUCAAGCAAGUCCUUGUGAAUGAAGCUAAAUGAAGUUGGAAAUCCCACCCAAUCAGGAAAUGGCGAACAUCGUCUUUUCUAUUAUUUGGGCUUUAAUCCUAAUAUUCAUAUCAUUUUGGAUCGCCGGUAUUGCUGCUGGUAUCUACAUCAUCGUCUUACCCUUCACAGUGUGUAUAGAAGCGUUAACGGGACUCACAGAUUUCUUGUUGGCUGUAGUACAGUUCCCAAGAUACUGUGCUCAGGCAAUGAUGGAGGGAAGAGGUCUCAAUUAAUUAUUAUCUGUAUUCUAGUCAAUUAAUAUAGUAUUACUUUAUAAUGUUCAUAAUGUAUUCUAAUGUAAUUAUGCACAAGCGUAUAAAGCUACGUCCAAGAGGUGCCAUCUUCAUUUUAAUAAAGCUCGAGUAUUUGUCGUAAAAGUUAAAAAUAACAUUCGUAAUUUUAACAUGUAAACUGUAAGUACUUUAUGAAUGUUGAUGUGUGAACUGUUUAGUGAUGUCAGGAUGUCAGUAAAAUUUUAUUUUUGAGAUUAAAGUACAUAAAGUAAGAAUAUAUUUUCAUAGCAAUAAGAAAUUGUUAGGACAAUUUUUUUCUGCGAAACCAAUAAUGAACGCUUGUUUUAUUUUACAAAUAAGUUUACUUUGUUCGAAACAUUUUUACUUCUCCAACUAUGGAGUACAAAAAAUACCAUUGUAUUGGUAAUUUUUUAAGAAUUCAAAUACAUAUUUUACACCAGAACGUAUGCAAAGUUGUUGAAAAUAAUAUUGCAAAUAAUAAAAAAGAA